AAUAAUUAAUAACCAUUCGUAUACGCUUUAACUAUGUUGAAGUUGAAGAAACAGAAAAGUAAUAUAAAAAAACCCUAUCACGAUAAUGUUCGUCUACCAUUACGUAUGGUGAUAUAUAAAACGGUAUCUCGUGAGGAAUUAACUCAGUAUUCCAAGCGAGGUACAGGCAUAGUACAGAAUCGGCACAGACAAUAUGCAGACGUUCAUGAUGAAGUCUAUACAGUCAAGAAUGUACAAGAUAAUAAUCACUAUGUGCCUGGUUAUAUGCAGACAAAUACACAUUUUGAUCCAGCUAAACCAUCUUCAGUCCUUGAUAUUUUGAAUAGGCCUAUUAAAAAUAAAAUAAAUUUACAGUUUGAAAAUGUGAUUUCCAAAAACCACUCAUUCAAGUUGGAUGAAAAUAAAAGCAUUCAAGAAAUUAAUGUAUACAAUGCAGCAGACCUUUUAAAAAUUAAUAAACACGAAUUAUAUCACCAAUCUAGAUUUGAAAUAAAUCAUGCUUUAUUUGAUUUGGAUGAAAAAAGUUCAGAAGACAAUACAUCAAAGCAGAAUGAUGAUUUUAAUACAUUGGAAGAAAAAAAUACUAAUAUGACAUCUACAUUACAACAUCAAACUUUCUUCAAUCCGCAGUACUUCAUGAAUGGAUUGUAUUUACUUGGGAUUUUUGAUAGAACUAAUCUCCAGUUGAUAAAAGAUAUAUCCUCCUUACAAUUCAGGAUAGUUGAUUUUGAUUAA